AUGCCUUCACCAGCAUUACUACUGUGGACAUGCUUGAUUUUUGGUACAACAGUAAUACCGGUUAAGAAACUGUUCGGCAUGAUAAACCAGACUAUAGAGAAGAUCUUGGCUAAACUUGGAGGGCUGAUGUGGAAUUUUUCAUCUCAAAUGACUCUGGUCAUUGAUGAAUAUGAUGAAGUCUCCUCCGUCAAUGAAGUCUUUGAGGCUUCACAAAUCUACUUGCACGCAAGAACUACUUUUUGUUCUUCAGUUCAGGAGCUCAAGGUAUGCAGGACAGCAAAGGAGGAGGUGCUCUCAGUCAGAAUCAACAAAGUGGAAAAGAUAAUUGAUACAUAUGAAGGAAUCCAACUUGUAUGGCAAGUUACUAAAAAGGGUAAGCAUCAAUCAAUCAAACUCUGUUUCUAUGAGAAGUACAAAGAGAAGGUAUUGAGCUCUUACUUGCCAUAUGUACUAGAGAGGUCAAAAGCCAUUAAAAAAGAAACCAAAGUAGUAAAGCUCUACUUCCUUGGGGUGGAUGGAUCACUCCAACCACUCAAUUUUGGCCAUCCAUCCACAUUUGACACAUUGGCCAUGGAUCCACCAUUGAAGAAGGAAUUAAUAGAUGACUUGGACAGUUUAGUCGGGAAAUCAUGGAAGCGUGGGUAUUUGGUGUACGGCCCCUCUGGUACAGGUAAGUCGAGCUUGGUUGCUGCCAUGGCAAACUAUCUGAAAUUUGACAUUUAUGCCUUCGAGCUCACAAGUCGGUUGAUGAGCAAUUCAGAGCUUACAAGUCUAUUGCUCUCUACCACGAAAAGAUCCAUCAUUGUGAUUGAGGAUAUUGAUUGCAGUGAGUUGCAGGACCGACCAGACCAAAGUGACAGCCAGAAGACGUUGGGGCUGCUUAAUUUUAUUGAUGGGGUAUGGUCAAGUUGUGGUGAGGAGAGGAUAGUUGUGAUUACUACCAAGGACAAGCUUCACCACCCCACGUUGCUGACAAGAGAGAGCAUGUACAUGCAUAUCCAUAUGUCCUACUGCAAUUUUUGUGGGUUCAAAUUUCUUGCUUCCAACUAUCUAGACAUAACCAACCACUAUAUGUUUCCGGAAAUCGAAAACCUACUCGUGGAGGUGGAGGUCACCCAAGCAGAGGUUGCACAAGAACUCAUGAAAAGUGAUGCAGCAGACAUUGCACUGCGAGGACUAACUCAAUUUCUUAAAAGGAAAAGGAUAGAAUGUGGUCCCCCAUGA